GAUCCAAUCGGAAGUUUGAUGUGGGACUUCCUGGUUCUUGUAAAAGAAUCAGACAACAACAGCCGUGAGAUCAACUCAGUUUAAACACAACAGAACACGAUCUACCGAUUAACCGUAGUCUCAGAUUUACCGUGAUCACUGCCGUGAUCUCUCACGGAGGUUUGAUAGCCGCUAUCAUCUCAGUUAGCAUCGAGCUAACGUUAGCAUCGGGCUAUGUCCGCCUCGGCUGGAUGCUCCCCGGCAGGCCCGGGCUCAGGCCUGGGUCCAGGGAUGUCCAUGUUCCGCUGGCUGGAGGUUCUGGAGAAGGAGUUCGAUAAGGCCUUCGUGGACGUGGACCUCCUGCUGGGAGAGAUAGACCCGGACCAGGUAGACAUUACCUACGAAGGCCGACAGAAGAUGACGAGCCUGAGCUCCUGCUUCGCCCAGCUGUGUCACAAAACCCAGACUGUGUUCCAGCUCAACCACAAACUGGAGGCUCAGCUGGUGGACUUGCGCUCAGAGCUGACCGAUGCGAAGGCUGAGCGGGCGGUGGUGGAGAGAGAGCUGCACGACCAGCUCCUGCAGCUUCAUGCUCUGCAGCUGCAGCUUCACGCCAAGCAGGGCCAGGCCGAGGACUCGGACUCCAUUAAAGACAGACUGCCUGCACCAGCUCUGGAUCACAUGGAACAGGAGCUGGAGGCCAGUAAGAAAGAGAAGUUAGCCGAGGCGCGGUUGGAGGCUGAAGUGAGGCUCUACAGGAAAGAGAACGAGGCCCUCCGUAGGCACAUGGCGGUACUGCAGGCUGAAGUGUAUGGAGCCAGACUGGCUGCUAAAUACCUGGACAAAGAGCUGGCGGGCAGGGUACAGCAGAUCCAGCUGCUGGGUCGGGACAUGAAGGGACCGGCUCACGACAAACUGUGGAACCAGCUGGAGGCCGAGAUCCACCUGCACCGCCACAAGACGGUCAUCAGGGCGUGUAGAGGACGAAACGACCCCAAGAAACCUCUGCCCUCCCCGGUGGGACAUGACCCUGACAUGCUGAAGAAGACGCAGGGAGUCGGCCCUAUCAGGAAGGUGGUUCUAGUCAAAGAAGACCACGAGGGCCUGGGGAUCUCCAUCACUGGGGGUAAGGAGCAUGGAGUUCCCAUUCUGAUCUCAGAGAUUCACCCCAGUCAGCCUGCAGACCGCUGUGGAGGUUUGUACGUGGGCGACGCCAUCCUCGCCGUCAACAGCAUCAACCUGAGAGACGCCAAACACAAGGAGGCCGUGACCAUCCUGUCCCAGCAGCGCGGGCAGAUCGAGUUCGAGGUGGUUUACGUGGCGCCGGAGGUGGACAGCGAUGAUGAGAACGUGGAGUAUGAAGAUGACAGUGGACAUCAUUACAGACUGUACCUGGAUGAACUGGACAACAGCAGCACAGCGCCCCCUAACAACAGCUCAGCAUCACUGCAGGCUCUUGAGAAAAUGUCUCUGAGUAACGGAGCGGAGAACGGAGGGGGAGGAGGAGGAGACACCGGGGUCUCCAGCGAGACGCCUUCAGAGGAAACUCCUUCAAAGCCCCAGGAGGGCGAUGGCUCCUCCUAGAGGCCGGGCUGAGUCACUGCAGAGAUCACAAGAGGAUCAUGGGAGAAAGAGGCUGAGAGGACUAAAUCAAAGGAUAAGAGGAUUAGCACGUCACUUUUCUGGAUGUGGAGGCCUUUGGAGGUUGAGUCUAAGUUGGCUUUUUCGAAAGGGGUUGAGUUUAAAGAAGGUUGAGCCUGCACAGGAGGCCGGGAUUCAGCUAAAAAGACCACAGGUGUAAAAUAGGUGGAGGUCGAACAAAAAGGACUUUCUGGAGUAUCUUAUGUAGAUAUUAAUGAGCUGUUAGAGAACAGCUGUUUGUCGGGGGCGCUUUAGUUUAGCUGCUUUCUUCUUUUUUUAUCUGGUCUGUCAAAAAUGGCUACAACACUAAAUCAUCCUCCAACCACAUUUCAGUGAAAAGGAGAAUUUACUGUAUAAUGAAAAAUACGUAAAGGAUAUCAACAAUCAUUUUAGCAGGCUCAGGCUUUCUAACAUUCUGUUAUCUUUAAUUUAUCUUCUGUUGACAACAAUGUACUGUUCAGACUUUUCUCUACAAUCAUUUAAACUCACGUUAGACUCGUUCUGAUUAUCAGACUUAUUGUCAGACUUAUGACUGAUCAAACCACUGACUAGUGGAAGCUAAAGCUGCGUUCACACCAGAAUAAACGCAGGUUUUUAAUGCAGUAUUGUAUAGAAGUGAUAAUAUUCUGUUUUUAUGAAUCAACGAUUACUGGUGUCAUGGUUCAACUGGUGUUAAAUUAAACAGUGGUUAGUCCCAGAUGUGUGCGCAUGGCUUAUGAUGGCCUUAUACACAACUGAGGAAUCAUCUCGAUCGCUUUUAUGGAGUCAGUAUUGUUGCUAAACUCAAGAGCACGACUUUGUGUCAUCAGGGGUAGGAGGUAGUUUAGAGCACAGAGGCAGGUUUGAAUGGAAAGUUUGAAAUCUGAACCCUUAAUAAGUCAUAAUCUCAGUGUGUUAAAAGUGAGUUUUACAACAAUACUGAUUCCACACACCUUUCUUUUUAAUUUAUCUGGGGGAGUUUUUGUUACACAAUAAAAGGUUUGCGGGGACAUUCAUAUUUAGCGUUGAUGACUACUGGGCCUUUGUCAGCCCUGCCCUCCUUGUUUACUGUUACUAGGUUAGACUGUGUUGUUGCUGGGCUCCUUCCUGUCUGAAAUGAUUGAAAAUACCCUGCCACUGUUCUCUAGCAGAUUAGUGUGUAAAUAAAGUCGAUCCAAAGACACAUGAGGAAAGAGAAACUGAUCAGAGAGGACAUCUAUGUUAGGAAAUCUUUCAAUUAUCUGGUUUCGCUCAUUAGAAAGAAAAGUUUCCCACAAAUUUCCAUAGGGUCCAUGAGUGCAGCGUUCCCUUUGUGCCACGGUUCUGGUCCAAUCUCCAAUCUAUGGUGGAGUUCAUAACUUAGUCACAAUUUCACACCAGAAUAGAGACAAGAAUACAUCCACUGGUUCUUUGCCAUUUGCUUCCUGUUUUUCUAAAAUCUUUUCUGGUUCUGACUCUGUGUUUUUUAUUCUGCUAAAAAGAGAAAAUCAAAGAACAGAACACUGGGGAUUUAACAUUCUUUUUUCUAAUGAGUGGUGUUAUGAAAGAAAGAAUGUUACAUCACUUUUUCUUAAUUGAUCAGAGCACAAAAAAGUUGUAAAAUAAACUUUUAAAAAAAAUUUACUUCUGGAAAAUGAUGAAAGAGAAACAAACAAAUGAGCUGAAAACAAAAAUAAGACACUGAAAAUGAAAAAGUUAUUUUUUUAUUUUACUGUUUUUGAGGGUUUUGCUUUCUGAUGAAAAAAGAUGGUUGAAGAACAGAUUACUAGUCAUGUAACAUUCUUUUUUUCUUUCUGACUGACCCCCCUGUAGGUGGUAUUAAAAAGAAUGUUACAUCACCAGUGUUCUAUUCUUUGGUCUUUUUAUAUCAGGUUACAAAAGCAUUGAGAAAAGAAAAAAAACUUUUUUUCAUUUAUUUUUCCAAAACAACAACAGGGACACAAAAAAACAGAAAAAAUAAAAAACUGGAAUAGAAAAAUGGUUGAUAUUUUUUGAAAUGUUUGUUUUUGCCGACUGAUCAAAAAAGAAAGGUCGAAGAAUGAAAUACCGGGAUGUAACAAACAUUUUUUCCUAUAUGGCUGAGCCCCUGUAGAUGAAAAAGGAUGUUACAUCACUAGUGUUCUGUUGUUUGAUCUUCCUUUUUUUAAUCGAAAAACAAAAACAUCAAUUAAAAAAUGUUAAUUUUAUUCAUUUCUUUUUGUAAAACAGAAAAUGAAUAUUUGUUAUUGUUUUCUGUUGUGUUUGUCAGUUUU